CUCCAUCAUACACUGAAAAGGACUCACUGUUAAUAUUGUUGGUAGAGAGCAGUAUUACAAGAAGAUUCAAAUACGUGCAAUAAGUGCACCCUUAAGAAUGCUUUUGCAGGUGCUGGCACCUGCCCUUAAGAAGAGAAGGGGUCACAUCUGCGGCCUCCUGCUUUGCAUUCAUCGCUUCCUGUUGAGACACACGCACGCACACACGUUAUGUCCCUCUGUCACCUUAUCCCAACCCCUCCCAGACAGACACAAGAGAGGAGGUGCAACGCAGACAGACACGCAAAAAGGACACAGGAGUGAACAGCAAUCAAGAUGUCAGGAGUUUGCACCCAAACUCGGCGACUUCUUCACACGUUUGACGGAUGAGUUCUAUGUGGAUCGCUCUGCCCAGCUGGUCCUCCUGUACAUCAGUAUUUAUGUGUUACAUGUGAGUUUGGACAAAUCUGAGGGACAUCAAAACGACUUCCUCCAAGAGCUGCCCAAAAAGUGCCUGUUCCUCACCUAUGAGGACCCCUACCGGAGGCAGCUGGAGGACAAGUUUAACGUCAAGGAGCUUCCCACUGUGGUGGUCCUGCGUCCCGACUGCUCUGUCCUCAUCCCGAACGCAGUGGAUGAGAUCCUCCGCCUCGGUCCGGACUGCUACAGCAACUGGCGAGAAGCGGCAGAGCUAAUUGACAGGAACUUCAUGAUCACUGAGGACUUUCAGGGGAAGCCCAUGCGCAGCUUCACUGACCCCCUGAGAAGACUCAAGUACAAGGUGGAGGAUGAGAAGAAAAGGAACAAAAAAAAAAGAGGCUGGGGUGCAGGUAGAGAUGAUGAUGCAGAGGCGGAUGGAAAAGGAGUUGGGUCGCCAUGGUGACAAGGAAAGUACCAACAAAAUAUUGACUGAGAUGGUUUCUGCAAAGAUGCCACAUUGACCUCUCCAAAGGAGUGGAUUUGUCACAUUGGGUUGACUGAAGGUCUUUAAGUAGGAUUAUAGCAAAAAGAAUAAUGAGUGUAUCAUUCAAUAAUUCUGCCCUGCGAUUGGCUGGCAACCAGUUCAGGGUGUGCCCCGCCUCCUGCCCGAUGACAGCUGGGAUAGGCUCCAGCACGCCCGCGACCCUAGUGAGGAGAAGCGGCUCAGAAAAUGGAUGGAUUCUAUAAUUCUUUUCUUCAAUUCUUUAUUUCAGCCAGCGAUCAUCAUUAGAUCAGGUGAGGUCUUUUGGGAGACAUUUAGGUCAAGACCAAGUUGACAUUUUGGGCUAUAACUUUUCUGUAUGCAUUGAUGCAUUAUUCUAAUGCAAAUCGACACGAAACUGUCACUUGUGUCAGUAGAGAUAAAAUUGCACUGAAUUGUUUCAAUUGGUGAAACCGAUAGAUUUAUGUGUACUGUAAUAAAAAAUAAACACAUUCUGGCUGUAUUGCUUGUAAACGUG